AUGAUCGACUCGUACUUCGACGUCUUGAUAAUCGGCAGCGGCCUCAGCGGCAUCAACUCCGCCUAUCGCAUCCAAGAAUCGCUUCCCAAUGCCAAAUUCGCUGUCCUCGAAGCGCGUCACGAACUCGGUGGAACAUGGUCGCAGUUCAGAUAUCCCGGUGUUCGAUCAGACUCUGAUCUGCAUACCCUGGGCUUCAACUUCUACCCGUGGAGGGCGAAGAACCCGAUCGCGAGGGGAGAGGCAAUCAUGAGCUAUCUGCAGGAAACGGCACAUGAGUUUGAUCUGGACAAGAAGAUUCGGUAUAGACACAAGGUUAUGAAGGCGGAUUGGAGGAGUGAGGAACAGCGCUGGAGGCUGGAAGUGGAAGUGAAUAACGAGGUUGGAAGAGAGCCACGGAGAGUGGUGUACUGGACUAAGUGGCUGAUCACGGGCACCGGAUACUACAACUACGACGAGCCGUUGAACGCAAAUAUCCCGGGAAUUGACAAGUUCCAGGGUAAGAUUGUGCACCCACAGUUCUGGCCUGAGGAUCUGAACUACAAGGGCAAAAAGAUGGUUGUUGUGGGCAGUGGCGCGACGACGAUUACGCUGCUUCCUGCGCUGGUGGAUGGUGGUGUGGGUAGUGUGACACAGUUACAGAGGAGUCCCUCGUAUAUUAUGAGCCUUCCCCAAGAAGACCAAGCAUGGUUCGAGAAAUGGGCACCAGAGUGGUUCACCCUUCGGUACAAACGCUUCAUGUUCACCCUCAUUCCCAUACUCCUCUACAAGUUCUGCAUCUGGUUCCCCAAACUCGCACAAUCCUUCCUCGUCAAGAAAGCCGCCGCGCAGCUUCCCCCCGAUUUCCCCGUCGACCCUCACUUCAAGCCUGGCUACAACCCCUGGCAACAACGCAUGUGUCUCUGUCCCGAUGGCGACUACUUCAAGGCCUUCAGCUCAGGCAAAGCGCAUAUCGUCACGGAUACCAUCAAGAGCGUUGUCUCAGACGGCAUUGAACUCAGCAGCGGGCAGAAGCUAGACGCAGACAUCAUCGUUACAGCCACAGGUCUCAACAUGCGUUUCCUCGGUGGCAUCGACGUCAGUGUCGACGGCAAGAAAGUCGACGUGGCAUCUCAGUACAUGUGGCGCAACUCCAUGCUCACUUCUCUCCCUAAUCUUGGCAACAUCAUCGGAUACUGGAACGCGUCAUGGACACUGGGCUCUGAUACUGCAUCUCGUCUUUUCGUCCGCCUCAUCAAGCACCAGCAGAAACACGGUUACACAAGUGUAGUGCCGGUGAUUGACGCAAAGGAUAAGGAGAAGACGGUCAGCGCGAGUCCGCUUAACAGCACGUAUGUCACGAAUGCGCUGAAGAAGAUGCCGAACUGUGCAGAUACCGGACCGUGGAAGCCGCGCGACAACUGGUUUUCAGAUAACUGGGGAGUCACAAGGGGAAGUUUGGAGGAUGGGCUCAAGUGGGAAAAGGUAGCUGUUGAAUAG